GCCUUAUGGAUAAACAUUACCUACUCACAGCAGGCGACCAACAUGACACCUUGACAAGCAUUUAUCAAGAACUGAUAAAGAAGAAGACCACGACUAAUUACUUAUCUAGAUAGAAAUGUAGAGCGGCAAGUUCCGGGAUUUUUUUGACUUCUGGCAUUCAUUGUUUGACGUUUUCAUGAGGGCGCAAAGUACUUACCUCUCCCUGCUGGAUCUCCCCGCCACUGGGGUUCGGCAGACCUGCAGUUCCGGAAGCGCACAGAUGUCCGCGACGAACAAGCCGAAGCCGGUGGCUCCAAAGUCAUCAACCAGAACUGAUCAUGUGUCAUCAAGUUAUGAUCCAGCAGAACAUCCCGCACCUCCCGCAUGCGCUAGUAAAGCCGGUGUGGAAACGAGCGAAAGCAUCCACGAUUUCCUGAAGCUGCUUGCUGAUUUCGAAGAGGAAGCGGGCGACAGUUUGGCGAGUUGUGUGCUCGACCAAGUCGAAGUGGAGGACGAAUUGUCGGCGCCGGAGGACGAAUCGGAAAAUGAAAAUGCUGGUGAACAAGAUUACACACACACCGUGAAGCUGAAUGCACCCGAGCCGUGGGUCGUGAAAACGCUGUUCGAGGUUUUCAGGAACCAGUUUCACGAAGACGAUGCGGGGGCGGACAAGGAGAAGGACGGGAAGGACAGGAGUAGAAAUAAAGGCAACACCCUGUUCGACUUCCAGUUCCUGGAGCAGCGCGCGUUCGCGCGGACGGUCUUGACCGAAAGCGAUUUGGAGGAUUUCGUCUUCCAUGAAGACACCCGAG